AUGUCGAAAACCAUGGAUUCGGGCGGAACUUCCCCGGAGAUCACUCAUCCUUUCGCGUGCACUCGGUGUCCGAGAAGAUUCACUUCUUGGCACGCCUUAGGAGACCAUCAAAACGCUCACAAGAAGGAAAGAAACGAGAAGCAACGGCUAUACAACGAGCGACGCCUCGCAUUCAAGAAGCAGUCUCCUCCAGUGGUAACUAUUCCGCCCGCGGAACCGGUGAUCGCGAUACUGAAUAGUUACUCUCCGGCGGGUAGCAAUGGUGGUCCUAUGGACGAGGUUUCGCGUCGAGAAAUCGGAAAUUCGCGCAAGGCCGGUAAUAGGAAGGGGAUGGCGUUGAACUUGUUUGGGCAUGAAGGAAGGGAAGAUGGUGGUGCUGAUGAAAGCAAUGCAAAGGAGGAGGAGGACUUGACUUUGAGACUUUGA